UACCCUAGGCCGUGUCGGGGGCCGCGACACGUACGAACACGCGAAGGGAUGAUUUAGUGAGGGAUGUGACGCCCGAGGACUGAUGGAUUUAUUUACCCUCGGAGAGGACCGCUGCACCAAAUUCGGAUAGACAAUGGAUGAGAGUCAUUAGUUAUUCCCGGAAGACACUAACAUUAAUCGAAUUUUGGCGAACCUGUUUUACCGCCGCGCUGUUUAUUGUGCGUUUUCAAUCUGGAGGACUUGAUAAUGGAUUUUCAGUGAUGGACGUAUUUAUGUGACUAACGCAAUGUUGUCGAAGGCUUGGAUACAGUGUGUGUGCAGUUUGACACUAAUUCGGUGUGUGUUCGCCGCACCUUCGGUCGUCCAGAAGGAGAUACACGACCAAGAGUAUUGGUACGAGCAAGCACGGAUCGCUUUGCGGAAGAGGCUGCAAUAUGCUACGGACCGCCGGCCGCACGCCAAGAAUGUGGUGUUGUUUGUGGGAGACGGGAUGGGGGUGGCGACGGCCACCGCCGCCAGGAUACUACGCGGACAGCGCCUGGGGAAGCGGGGGGAGGACCACGAGCUGGCAUGGGACUCGUUUCCUGCGGUGGCCCUGGCAAAGACCUACAACAUGGACGCCCAGAUCGGCGAAUCAUCAGCAUGCGCGACGGCGUUGAUGUGCGGCGUUAAAACAAACUUCGAAACGGUCGGUUUGGACGCUCGGGGUCGUUUCGAGAACUGUUUUUCCAGCUUCUCAUCCCGAGUUUCCUCUCUGAUAGAUUGGGCACAGGAGUCAGGAAAAUCGACAGGGAUUGUGACAAACACAAGAAUAACUCAUGCCACACCCGCAGCGCUGUACGGCCAUUCUCCGUCACGCUACUGGGAGGACGAUUCCAAAGUUCCCCCUGCGUCCCGGAAAUCCUGCAAGGAUUUAGCUCGCCAACUCAUCGAGAACGAUCCUGGACGUAAUAUCAACGUUCUGCUGGGCGGCGGACGCAGACACUGGCUGCCGAAGGUUGCCCACGAUCCGGAGCAAACAAAAGACGAAGGCCGGCGCCUCGACGGUCGCAAUCUCAUCGAUGACUGGGCCAGAGAUAAGAAAAAGCGUGGACUCAAAGCAGAAUACGUCUGGAAUAAAGGACAGCUUGAUAAAAUUAACCCCAAUCAAGUCGACUACUUGCUGGGCCUCUUCGCCUACUCUCACAUGGACUUUGAAGCCGACCGAGACCCAGGCCCUACCGGCGACCCAUCCUUAGCCGACAUGACCCGCUCAGCCCUCUCCAUUCUCCUGAAGAAUCCCAAAGGAUUCUUCCUGUUUGUGGAAGGUGGCCGUAUCGAUCACGCUCACCACUACAACAACGCCUACCGGGCCUUAGACGAAACUCUUGCGAUGGAGACUGCUCUUCUCGCCGCUCUCGCUCUUAUAAAUCCUACGGAGACGUUAAUUGUUGUAACUUCGGAUCACUCCCACGUUCUAACAAUGGGAGGACAAGCGACGCCACGAGGACAUCCCAUUCUGGGUCCCGACAGCAAAGUUUCCGACAUCGACGGCCAGCCCUACACCACCAUCCUCUACGGCAACGGCCCCGGCUACGCCACCCCCCGCAUCGUCCCCAUGAACACGUCCGCCGCCUCCGACGACCGCAACCAGGUGCACGGCUCCGCCGUCCCCCGCCAGUGGGCCACCCACGGCGGCGAGGACGUGCCCGUGUACGCCCUCGGCCCGCUCGCCACCAUCCUCUUCACCGGCACCUUCGACCAGAGCUACAUCCCGCACGCGGUGGCGUACAGCGCCUGCCUCGGCGAGCACCGCCUCCGCUGUCAGGGCAUCGACAACUACACCGUCCCCCAGGUGGCGUCGUGCGUGGCCCCCGAGGUGUCGAGCGUCGCCGCCGCCGGCGCGCCCGUCGUCGUCGCCAGCAGCGUCAUGGCCGACGACGGACAGCGCGUCAAGAGCGCCGCGGCGGCGGCGGCGGGCGCGCUAUGGCUGACGCUGGGGGUGGGCUUCGCGGUCACGUAAUGAGCGGCGGCGCGGAGGUGUACAUAUUGUGUGUUGGAUGGUGUAAAUUGUACAGACGACUUUUGACCAAUGACGUUGUUGAAGCACUUUUUGGACAUUGUGCACGGUGUCACCCUGAUUGGGCCCUGGGCGGUCGCCGGGGGCUCGAUUUUAUCAU